UUCACCCUGUUUUACCUCGAGUUAAGAGACUUUAAGCAGACUUUGAAUCUCAGUGCUGCUGUAGAGGCACAGUACAUUUCUAGGGUUUAAAGCCGGAACUGCCCCUUUACAGUUUCCAGCAAGCCAGAACGGCGAGAUGGAGGUAGACCAGUUGGUGCCUUUGCCAAGGUUGCCCCGGGUUGCUGUGUGCGGCGGUACCCAUGGCAACGAGCUGUCUGGGGUGUACUUGGUGAGAGAGCUGCUGAAGGCAGAGAAGAAAGUGAUGGAGAAGGAAGAGUCUCCGUCGUUGCUGAUGGUGCUGUCGAACCCGCGGGCCAUGCAGCAGUGCCGCAGAUACAUCGACACCGACCUCAACCGCUGCUUCACCAAAGCCAACCUCAAUGGUCCCCUAUCAGACGCCGCCCCCUAUGAGAUAAUCAGAUCCCGAGAACUGAACGCCAAGCUGGGUCCCAAAGGAAGUCCCGAGGCGGUGGAUCUUGUUUGCGACCUCCACAACACCACCGCCAACAUGGGCCUGUGUUUCAUCGCGUACUCUGACGUUGACUGGAUCUGCCUGCAUAUAUUCAGACACCUGCAGAGGCAGAUGCCAGAUAUUCCACUGAGGUACAUCCAUUUUGACUUCUCCUGUGAAGAAUCAUAUUCCCUUGAUUCAGUGGGAAAACAUGGCUUUGCCAUGGAGAUCGGCCCCCAGCCCCACGGUGUGGUGAGGUCAAACAUCUACACGGCAAUGAAAGUUGGCGUGCAGCAUAUGCUCGAUUGGGUCCGUUCCUUCAACUCAGGUACUAUUUUUGAAGGAGGAUUUGUGGAUGUGUUCACCAUGAUUAAACACAUUGACUACCCAAGGGACAGGGAAACUCGUAACAUCACAGCAGCCAUUCAUCCUCAACUCCAGGACCGAGACUUCUGCCUGCUCCACCCUGAAGACCCGCUGUUCCAGACUUUUUCAGGUGAAACUGUGAGGUAUAAAGGCAAAGAACCUCUUUAUCCUUUCUUCAUCAAUGAAUGUGCUUAUUACGAGAAGGGCAUCGCUCUCACCCUGGCAAGAAAAACGCGAGUGAUGAUACCUGCAAUCAGGGUGCAGACAGAGCAGGAGCAACAAGCGCACCAACAGGAAUUUGCAUCAGAGGAAGAGGAGUGAGGAUGGACCUUUACCACGGCCAGCAUGAUGAGACUGAUGUGACAAUGCAGUCAUUUUUACAAAAAAGCUUUUAUUGGAACAACAGCAGUUGCUUGGAACACGCACAUGUACGCUCGCUUACACACUAUAUUUAAGUGUACAGUUAUUAACCGUUUCAGCUCACAACUGGAGAGUGAACAACACAUUCACUGUAAAUUCACAAAAGCACAGUCAUACAUGGACAUUUGCUGUUUAUAUUUAUGCUACAGUGGGUUCAGGGAUAGAACAAUUUCUUGAAUUACAAGGCUGAAUAU